GUCCUCCUUCCCGUCCGAGCCUCUCCCCGCUGGCUCCGCUGGUGUCAGGGACCUGCUGGGCUGGGGGCUGCUGGGUCAGGACUCCGUGGCCCCAAGUGACUCUGCAGUCAUGCUGGAGUUGCUCCCAUUCUGGUGUCCUGUUCUUGAGAGCUGCCUGCGUGGAGACCUUCCAGACUUAGGUCAGAGAAAAUAACACUUGGAAGAAGACCAAACAGCCUCAGUAAAACACCCAUCACUGCUCUACUAAAGCUGAAGAUGGACAUAUUGUGCUGAAUACUUUCAACUGUGGUAAGAAUAAAAGCUACGGCAGGAAAUUCUGCUUCAGACGCACCCACUCAGCACCACAAUGUCUGGAAAGGAUAAAGGUGGUACCGAAGGUAGUGCGGAUGUCUACAUUUUAUGCCACAUAGACUCUGAGUUUCGCUACAACCUCUUCACUGUUUUCUACAGCAUCAUUUUCAUUCUGGGCUUUGCUGCCAACUGCUAUGUGCUCUGGAUUUUCAGCCAUAUUUACCCUACCAAGAAACUCAAUGAAAUCAAGAUAUUCAUGGUGAACCUGACAGUAGCUGACCUGCUCUUCUUGAUUGUGAUGCCAAUGUGGAUUGUUUACUAUCAUCACCAUGGAGACUGGGUCAUGCCUGAGUUCCUCUGUAAUGUGGCUGGCUGUUUAUUUUUUGUUAACACCUACUCUUCUGUUGCUUUUCUGAUGGUCAUCACAUACAAUCGUUACCAAGCUGUGACUAAUCCCAUUAAAGCUGCUCAGUUUACCACUCAGAGAAGGGGUAUCUACUUAUCAGCAGCUAUCUGGAUCAUAAUAGUGGGCAGCUCUUUGUAUUACCUUUUUGACAAUAAUACUAAUCCGGAGGAGAUCGAGUCAAAGAAUUUCACGCGGUGCUUUGAGCACUAUGACACUUCUAGUGGUGUUUCAGCUGUUCUCGCCAUUCAUGUCAUCAUCUGUGUCCUCUUCUAUAUCAUUUUCUUUUGUAUACUAGGCUGGAACAUCAUCAUUAUAAGGACCCUGUUCUCCAAACCAGUGCAGCCACGGAAGAGUGCUCAUGUCAAGCAAAGGGCACUCUGGAUGGUUUGCACAGUGCUGGCUGUGUUCAUCAUAUGCUUUGUACCUCAUCACAUAGUGCACCUGCCCUGGACCCUGACUGUUCUGGAGCAGUGGGAGAAGGAUAACUGUGAGCUGCGCCAACAACUCAAUGAUGCUCACCAGGUGACUUUGUGCCUCUUGAGUAUGAACUGUGUGUUGGACCCUAUCAUCUACUGCUUCCUCACCAAGAAGUUCCAGAAGCAUCUUUCAGAAAACCUGAAAAGCAUGAAAGGGAGUCGCAAGUGCUCCAGGCAAACCACGGACACGGUGAUUGAGGGCACCAUUCACCAAGAGGAUGCCAUUAGGAUCUAGUUCAGCCCUGUUUUGACUGCAGAUUGAGAUGUGUGACUUAGUCACUCAUCUUUUCUCAAGAAGAGGCAGCCAGGGACACAACAGAGGACCAGAAUUUUCUUUCUCCCAUUAAGACAGAAGACUAGACACUCAUUUCUUCUAUCACAUGCAAGUGGCAGAACUGGAACCUGUAGUAAUCUGGUAGAAUAGCACCUUCUGUCUAGGCUGAUGUUCUCGUGGGCACUGAGAACAGCUCAGACAAUCUGCUUUUAUGUGAAAGAAAUGUACUAUUGAGUCUUUGCAGUGAGCAGCUAAAAGCUAAGUCCACUGAAAUCACCCAUUGUGUCAGCCUGGAUAGCACUGUCCCUGCUCCUUUGCCUGCCCAGCUCUCAUGAAGAAUCCAGUAUCAGAGCUGUAAGAGACUUCUAAAAGGCCUGGAAGAACAGACUGAGCUGCUAGUAUCAAGUGAAUUUUCUAAGCAGCUUGCAUGGUUCUGUGAAGAGAGUUUGAGUUGAAGAAGCUCUUGAGUGACUAGAGGGGAUGUAGUCCAAUGAGUUCCUCAAAUGCCAUCAAAGAAGAGAUCUGCACCUCUGAUCCCUUCUUACCUACUCGCAUGGUCUGCUGAGGUUCAUGCUCGACAGAUGUCUGGGAAUAGCCAUUGUGAACUUUUGCCUUUGCUCCCAGCUCUUGAAAGAGUCAAUUAAUUGGAAUAGUAGGCAAGAAAAAAGAAAAUAAAUGGGUAAUGCCUCAGCUCCCAUCCCCAGAGAAGCAUUAUGUCCAAAGGGGAUUAUUGUCUGCCCUGGAUUCUUGUAUGGUAGCAGAUCUGGCAAACCAGUGGCCUCUUGCACUCUGUUUAGUAAUUUUUGGCUGGCUGCAUGUGUCUGUGUAAAUCCAAUCUCACUUUGGAGGCUCCAGAUAACAGAAGAUUAUUGUCAGCAUGGGCAUUACAAUAAGAAGAAAAAAACCUUAAAAUGCUUCAGUAUCUUUGUUCUUAUUUAUUUAAAUUAGGGUUGUAGCAAGCAACUACACAUUAUUCCCCAUCCUUUCUAUUUCUGCUAUGAAGAAAUGAAGCUGACUAGUUCUUGCUAUCCUACCACAAGCGAAGUAUUAGGCCAGGUCAUGGCCCCUUUCUGAGUAAAUCCGUGAUGCACAGUGAUGCAGUACUCUUGACAGACAGCAUUCGUGCUCUCCAGCAAGACUGGAGACUCCUCGCUCAGGGCUGGCUGCAGUCAGUUAGAGCACAGGGGAAAGUGGUUUUCCAGGGGUGCUGAGUUCUGUUACCAGUCAUGAGACACUUGAGGUUCCUUUUCUAAACCCAAAUUGCUCAACCCAGCACAGGAAAUUGGGCAGAGAAGGGAAGGGAACUUAAGUUGUUUUCACAAGAGUUUUUGGUUCCCUAAACUACAUAGGAGAGUCUGCCCGAUGACAGGAAAAGCGUAUCAUCUGACCUGUGACACUGAUUAUUCAUAUGCAAGCACAGCAGCCUUCCUACACCCACCAGAGAAUGUGAAAGACAAGCUCAAAUCCAAAGAUAGAACCAACGUUUGUAUCAGACUUUGCCUAUAUUCAGCAGAGAUACGGGUCCUUCAGAUAUAUCUCCUGAAGACAGGCAGGCAGCUUUUAUGCUCACUUAUGCGAAUGAGUAAAGAACUAAAAUGUUUCUUUUUCUAAUGCUACCUGCAAGGGCCAGCCACGCACUCAAGGCCCAGUGCCAGGUAGAGGAAAGAAUCUGAUCACAAUCUGAUGUGUUUCCCUCCUGGGGGUGGACUCUGCUUCAGCAAUGGCCACCUAUAAAGAACAGCUGCUGGCACCUCUUAGCAGAGAGAGAAUUCCCCCACUACGUCCCUCAGUCAUGUUCAAAGCUUUGCCCUGAAUCAGCAGUCAACCGAGCCACAGCACACAGCAAGAAGGGUGAUUUCUGUCAUUUAAAAGCCCAAAUCCUGCUUGCUGGAGGAAUCUGCCUCUGUGUUUCUACCCUCCCCAGAUGGCACGUUCUGGCUGAGGAGCUCCUGCGGCUGGCAGACGGGAGGAGCUUUCCCCUUUCCCCCUUGGCACCCGAUGCUGUAGGUGUGACAGCUGAGCUCUCUUCUUCACAGCCGCUAAAGCACUGAACAGAUGGAGUCUGGCAACUCUUAGAGGAAAUAAAAAGGGAUUUUACAUGGAGAUCUGGUAGAUGCGUGAUCUUCUUCUAUUGAUUCCUGGAAAGCUUUCAAGAGAGUUUACAGUUUAGGCUACUUACUGUGGGUAAAUAACAUAUUUUACUCCACAGAAAACACUUGUAAGGCCAGUGUGGGCUCAGAGAACAAAUGUAAACUGGCAUCCAAGAGGAUAAGUGGAGGAAAAAGCCCUGAGGACACUUCAGGAGAUGUUGCAGUAAUUAAGUCAGUAACAGUAUGUUUCUAAAAACCAGCCUGAGCUUCUACUUCUGUUCCUGGAAUUACUUUCUCAGUUUUACCGCAAUGUUGCAUUACUCUGCUUUGCAACAAAAAGGAUCCUCAAAAGUUCUUCUGAAUAAAACGUGUUUCCCAAGUGUUUUGCCCUUUAUCUUCUCCCACCUUCUCAUCUUUCUGUAUUUAUACUCAAAGGAAAAGCUGUGUGCCCUGGUUUCAGCUGGGAUAAAUUUUCUUCCUAGUAGCUGGUAUAGUGCUGUGUUUUGGAUUUAGGAUGAGAAUGUUGGUAACACACUGUUUUAGUUGUUGUUGAGCAGUGUUUACACUAAGUCAAGGAAUUUUCAGCUUCUCAUACUGCCCUGGCAGCGAGGAGGGGGGACACAGGCAGUCAGGAGGAGGCCGCUGCCAGCAGAGCUGACCCCAGCUGCUUGGGAACUGGCUGGGCAUCGGUUGGUUGGUGAGAAGCAACUGUAUUGUGCAUCGCUUGUUUUGUAUAUUCUAACUCUUUUACUGGUAUAUACUU